AUGCCGCUGCUGUAUGGAGCACAGGGAUUCAGUCGCGAGCAGCGCUUUGAUCUUGGCAAACCCUCUGCCGUGCCGCCGUCUGGGGAGAGCCCGUUACUGUGUACUCGGCAGCGACUCUCGCGUGCCGCAGUACGUCUCGCAAAGGUGGAGGCGACGAGGGAAGAAUACAAAGCGGCGGCGAUUAAUAAGCAGCGGCGAGCUGCUACUGGUACACAACUUCAAAAACUCAAGGAGCAGCUAGACAGGCUGCAGAGGCAGAUGGAGGCGUUGAGAGCUACCGACCGGGUGAAGCCUGCUCACUUACUGCUAGAAGAUGUAAGACAAGAAGAGGAGGCGGGCCUGCAGCAAGACGAGGGGCCCCUGCAGGGUGCAACGGAUGGUAGGACAGCGAGCCGGAUAAAGCCGCGAGAGGAUACGACGAUGGAGGAAGUACAGCCGGAAAUUCGCGAGGCGGCAGCAGGGGCUGUAGGAGGCGGCGGCGGCGGCGGCGGCGGCGGCGGCGGCGUCGGGGACGUCGGAAAGGCCGCUAAUGUCGGCCAGCGGCUCUGGUCGGCGCGGGUCGAUACCGGCGGCAUUCCACCGGCGGCGGCAGCGGCAACGGCAGCGACACCGCGAGCCGACGCUUGA